AUGAGUGAUAAGAAAAAUACUAUCAUACCAUAAAAUAACAAUCAAACAGAUGAUCCUAAUUAUGCAUUGCAAAUGUAAAUUAUUGCAUUUUAAGAUUAAACCAUUAAUAAUUUAAAAAAUAUUAUCAUUGAAAAAGAUUCUGAACUUUAAGUAUGAUCUAUAAUUUAAUAGAAAAAAAAUCAAGAAAAUGCUUAGUUAAAAUAACAAAUACAAAUGAUUGAAAAAUAAUAUUCACAAUAACAAAUGUCAUAAUAAUAAGAUAAUUCAAAUAUUUCAAAUUUACAAUCUUAACAUCAGAAAACUUUAGAUGAACUAAAAAAAUUGAAAAUGAUUUUCAAUUAGAAUUCUAAUCCAGAUAUUGUUAUGGAAUCACUUUAAAUUAAGUAAUUAUUAUAUAUAUAUAUCUAUAGAGAAUAAUUAGUAAUAAUUUAACAAUAAAAAAAUAAACUUGAAAUUGAAUUAAAAGUAUAAUAUAUAUAAUAUCAAUAGGAAGCAUAAACUAGAUUGAUUCAAACUUAAGGAAUUAUUUAAGAACUAUAACGAGAAAAUUAUCAAUUAAAGUCAUUUUCAAUGCCAUCCUUCUCAAAUAAUUCUACUAUAUAAUAACCUAACAUUAGUUAAAGUUAAUUUUUAUAAUAAUAAUAAUAUCCAUCUAAGUAAUUGGUUUAUAUAUAUUAUUAAGUUAAAAUAAUGAAGAAAAUUAAAGAAAUUUAAGAAAAAUUCAAUUAAAAAAUGAAUUAAGAUAGAUACCUACUUAAAAUAGAACAUAAGCAUAAUAAAGAAGAAUUUAAAUAAUAGAAGAUGAAUUAAAUUACUUAGAAUAGUUUUGAUAUAUAUAUAAAAAAAUAUAAAUUGUAUUAAUCAGAAUUAUUAGUUUUUAUUUUAUUAAAUAAAAUGAGCAAUGAUUAUAAUUAUAUGUUUAAGUACAUUGUAGUAGGAGAUACAAGUAAAGAUUUAAAUAAACCAAUUAAAGAUGUUGGAAAAUCGUGUUUAUUAUUGUAAUUUACAGAAAAUAAAUUUUGUGAUCAUACAGAGAGUACAGUAGGUGUGGAGUUUGGUUAUAAAACAAUAAAAAUAAAUGAUUAAUUGAUAAAGCUUUAGAUUUGGGAUACAGUAAUAAAUAAACUAUAAUUAAAUAGGCAGGUUAAGAUUCAUUCAAAUCGAUUACAAGAUCUUAUUAUAGAGGAGCUAUUGGAGGAUUACUUGUAUUUGAUUUUAGUAGAAGAUCAACAUUUGAAGACAUUAAAAAAUGGUUAAAAGAAAUAAAAACAUAUUCUUGUGAUAAAAUUGAAUUAGUACUUGUUGGCAAUAAAUCAGAUAUACUUAAAAAAGAUAUUAAUAUUGAAGAAGUAGAAGAAUAUGCAUAAUAAGAGAAAUUAGACUUUUAUGAAACUUCAGCUAAAACUGGAAAGAAUGUAGAUGUUGUCUUUGAAAGUAUAGCAAAUAAAAUUUUAAGAAAAAUCGAAACUAAAUAAAUUAAUUUAGAUGAUUAAGUAUAUUUAUUCCAUAAAAAAUAGAUGUUAGGAAUUAAAGUUAAUAUUAAUGGAAAAAUGAAAAAAAAAACUAAAUCUCAAAAUAAUUAAUCUCCAUAUUAUAAUAUAACAUUAAAUGGAUAAUAAAGUGAAUCAAAUAAGAAUGAUAAAAAAAAUUGUUGUUGA